UUGAUCAAAUCCAAAAUUUACUAGAUAAAAAUACAAAUGAGUCAAAUUUUUAGGUUAGUUUGUUUAUCAAAUAGUGCAUUCCUUCGUUCAAUGAGCCAGAUAAGAUAUCAGAAACUUUAUAUCUAAGAUCAUACGCCCCCACUUCACUGUCACAAUUCAAUUAAUUCGCCAAGUCACAAUAAAAAAAUGGUUAAGAAACACUACGUUGAAGGUUACGACAACUUUUGCAAAUUUAUUGAAAAUUUCGACAGUCAGGGUGAAUUAGUCCACAUUUAUUUUGGUGGUUCAAAACUACCAUCAGGGGAGAGCUGGUGUGAUGACUGUGUUCGAGCGGCUCCAGUGAUUGAAGAAGCGUUAGAUAAGACACAAUACCAGGGACAUUUUAUUUACGUCCAGGUUGGAGAUAGGCCCUUUUGGAAGGACAUGAAUUGUCCCUUCAGGAAAGACAAGAAGACAAAACUGAUGGUUUUACCAACAGUUUUGCGCUGGAACCAACCACAAAGACUGGAAGGGGACCAAUGCGAAAAGCUUGAACUUUUAGAGUUGUUGUUUACCGAUGAAUAAUCAAUUUAUUACACACUUCCAUAACAAUAAAUCAUAACAAAAUUAUUUA